AUGACUGCGGCUGUAGCAGUGGCUGCGGCUGUGUCUGCGGCUGUAGCAGUGGCUGCGGCUGUGUCUGCGGCUGUAGCAGUGGCUGCGGCUGCGGCUGUGUCUGCGGCUGUGGCUACGGCUGCGGCUUUGGCUGCGGCUUUGGCUGUAGCAGUGGCUGCGGCUGUGGCUGCGGCUGCGGCUGUGUCUGCGGCUGUAGCAGUGGCUGCGGCUGUGUCUGCGGCUGUAGCAGUGGCUGCGGCUGCGGCUGAGUCUGCAACUGUGGCUACGGCUGCGGCUUUGGCUGUAGCUGUGGCUGCGACUGUAGCAGUGGCUGCGACUGUGGCUGCGGCUGUGGCUGUGGCGGCGGCUGUGGCUGCGGCUGCGGCUUGGGACUGA